AUGUCAUGUCUGCUGUCUGCGCGGGCAACAACUAUUCAGAAGUCAGGGAAUACCUUACUCGCGCACGUCCGGCGCGUGGAGCGCGACCUUCGAGCUGCUGCCAGUGCCUGCUGCGCCCAUGCCACCACCGACGAGGAGGGGAGGGGGUCUACUGGCAUCCCAAUGUACCCUCUACGCCCCUCGCAGCAGAUAGUCGGCGUCAAAGAGAACAUGGACAAGUUUGCGCCGCCCUCAGCGCCGACGUAA